UCUUACGCAACUCACCAGCAGACAGUUUCUAUCAUCCUCUCCCUCACAUCAAUUUAUCAUCUUUUAAUGAGAUUUUUAAUUGCAAUGCAUCUAGUUUAUUCCACAGAAGCUUCCUAAUUUUUCAACUUUUUAUUAUUUUAUACCUCCGCUCCAGCAAUAGCGAGGCUACUACGGGAAAAGAGUAGAGUUCUCAGAUCUGCUUGCUUGUUGUCUUCCUGCUCUCAUCCAGCCACCAUAUUCUCCUUCCAUAGGUGGAGUGAAGAGGACAGAAGAGGAUACAGAGCUUGUUUCAGCCCUUCUCUUUGUUGCAAUGCUAGGUCAUUAAUGGGAGCGGAUGAGGUAAUUUUUCUGCAUUGCGACGCCGGAGGUCGGCGUCGACCGGAGAGCUUGGCUGAAAUCAUGAAGAAUUGAGGAAUUGAUCGAAGAUGUUUAAGGCGGCGAGAUGGCGAAGCGAGAAGAACAAGAUCAAAGCUGUGUUCAAAUUCCAGUUCCAGGCAACCCAGAUACCUCGGGCUGGAUGGGAGAUGGUCAUGAUAACCUUGGUUCCUGUGGAUGUUGGAAGACCAACUGUGAGAACAGAGAAGGUUGCGGUGAUCGACGGAACCUGUCGCUGGGCAAAUCCAAUCUAUGAAACUGUGAAAUUAGUCCAUGAUCUGAAAACUGGAAGGAUCAAUGAGAAGGUCUACCACUUCCUCGUCUCGACGACGGGAUCGACCAAAGCUGAAGUCUUUGGAGAAGUCGCCAUUGAUCUGGCAGAUUAUGCCGAGGUGUUUAAGCCCACCUCUGUUUCUCUCCCUCUGAAGGCAUCAAACACUGGAGCGAUACUGCAUGUUACACUGCAGAGAUUGCAGGGUAAUGGUGAGGGAAGCGAAAACAGCGACAAUGGGGAUACAACAGUCAGACAGCAACGUAGAACGUUGCAGAGCCAGUUAAGCAAGUGUGAUGAUGAUGAAGUCACCAAAGCUAUAGAUGGCACAAAUGGAAUCAACUCUGUGGAAGACACCUCCCUAAUAAACAGCCAAUCACAAGUGAAAUUCUCAUCGAGCAGAAACUUGCCACUUCAUGAUGAUUCUAAUGGCAACCUCACGAAAUCUCAUAGUUUUGAUGCUAUAUCAGCAUCAGGCUCAGAUACCAGUUCGGUAUAUACACCAAAAGAAAAUGGAUUAAAGCAUAACAACAUCCAUCAGGAUUCACCUGGGUUGCUGUCACUUCUCAGCAACAGUGAUGCUCAGAAGCUGAUGACCAGUUCAGGUUACUGGUCUGGGACUUCAGCUCCUGAUGAAAGCACGGAUGGGUCGACAAACAGUUCAGGAGAGGCUGGGCUGAGAGAAAGAUUGCAGGACUCAGAUGAAACCCUUGAGAAACUAAGAAGUGAUAUUGUUUCUCUGACGAGAAAGGUGGAAUUGUCAGAGCUGGAACUGCAGACUCUCAGAAAGCAAGUUGUCAAGGAGAGCAGGCGAGGGCAAGAUCUUUCAAGAGAAAUAAGUAGCCUAAAAGAGGAAAGAGAUGCACUGAAAAGGGAACAUGAAGAACUCAAGCUCUCAAAGAAAAGAACAAAUGAUGAUAACAAUUUUACAAGUAAGUUGCAGCCUGAUGAAGAAGAUCCAUGUUCCCUGCUUGAAGAAAUUAAACAAGAGCUGAAUCAUGAGAAAAAUCUGAAUGCAAAUCUCCACUUGCAACUUCAGAAGACACAAGAAGCUAACUCUGAGCUGUUACUUGCUGUCAGAGAUCUUGAUGAACUGUUGGAACAGAAAAAUAGGGAAAUCUCCUCCAGCAAAUGCAGCAAAGUGGAUAUCAAGGAGGAAAUCCAUGGGCAUUUCCAAGAACUGGAAUUUGGAAACAGACUCUUGCAUCAGCAGAAUUCUGAACAUAGACAAGGGCUACUCAAAACAACUCCUGGGCAUGAUGGUGAAGAGCAAUAUGCAUUGGAUGUAUUAGUAAAGGAGGGUGAUGAUAUGAAACUGGCAUUUUCACUGGAGAAGAAGAUCAUAGACCUCGACAGUGAAGUAGAGUUGUACAAGAAAGAUCGCGAAGAACUAGAAAUGCAAAUGGAACAGCUUGCUCUGGACUAUGAGAUUUUGAAGCAGGAAAACCAUGACAUAUCUUCAAAGCUAGAGCAGAGCCAGCUACGAGAACAACUCAGGAUGCAGUAUGAAUGUUCAGCACACUUAGCUGCAAUCAGUGACCUUGAAGCCCAUGUUGAAAGUUUGGAGAAAGAACUACAGAGUCAGGCUGAUUUAUUUGAAGCAGAUAUAGCAACUCUAACAGAAGCCAAAGUAGAACAAGAGAAAAGAGCCAUAACAGCAGAGGAGGCAUUGAGGAAGACAAGAUGGAACAGUGCUAGCACUGCUGAACGGCUCCAAGAGGAAUUUAAAAGGCUUUCUGAACAAAUGACAUCUACAUUUCAUGCAAACGAAAAGUUAGUCAUGCAAACACUAAAAGAAGCUAGUGAAUUGAGUCUGCAAAAAAGCAAAGUGGAAGAACUAUUAGAGAAAAGUAAUGAAGAGCUUGCAUCAGUAAAAAGCCAGUAUCAUGUUAAAAUCCAACAGCUUCUCAACCUCAUAGAUUUCAAAUCAAAGGAAACUGAUAGGCUACUCCUGGAACUCAAAGAUAAAUGUGAGGAGCUUGAGAAUCAAAAGAAGUCAGAUGCAGCAAGGAUAAAAGCUUCCUCAGAGGAAACAUUGUUACUCAAAGCUGAGAUUGAAAAACUUAAAAGAGAGAAAAAUCUUCUUAUUGAACAGAUAGAACAGAAGGAAAAACUGGUAGCCGAGAUGGAUUUAUUGAAGACAUCAACUAAAGUAAAUGAGAAGUUAUUGCAAGAUAAAGAUUUGGAGCAAGAUCUGCUUGCAAGAGAAAUCACAUCAAUGAAGGAGGUGGUGAAUAAACAAUUGGCAGAGCUGAAUGAACUUAGGUAUACAAAGAACGAAAAAGAGAAAAUAAUCAGAGUGCUGAAUUCAGAGAUGGAAACCCUCAAAGUGCAGAUCGAUGACUUGAAAGUUUCCUUGUCUGAGGAUCUGUUAGAAAAGGAGAACCUGAGGAAGCGAGCUUCUGACUUAAGGAGUGACCUUCAGAAGACGGAAGAUAUGAUCACCAGUGUCGAGAGAAAACCUGAGGACAGCAAUGUGGCAAAAAAUGCAAAUGGCAAUCUCUCUAACAAACAAGCUGGAGAUACACCUGAAGAUGGGAAGGUCAUACUAACAAGUUUUGAAAGUUUCGACAUGGCCCAAGUACAGAAGGGAAAGCAUUCCCAUAAGAACUUCAAGUUUGUCAGCACCAAUGAUGUCAAAAAGAGUGAGGAUUUUGAUUGGUGCCGCAGGAUGGGAGAUAAAGCAUGUAUACAGGAUAUACAUGGUGCCAGAAAAGAACCAGUCUUAAGCAAUAAUGGAGCUAAUUCAGGGAAAGAAGAGGGAAGCAUAGUACCCUGUGCCUGGGAUCAGCACAAUAUAGCUGAAAAAUUAAGUGAAAUGGACGUACUGAAAAAACGAAAUGAAUCAAUGGAAGCUGAGCUAAAAGACAUGCAAGAAAGAUACUCUGAGAUAAGCCUGAAGUUCGCAGAAGUAGAAGGUGAAAGGCAACAGCUUGUGAAAACAAUUCGGACUCUUAAAAAUGCUUUGAAGAACUAGUUUUGAGUUAGCAUAUUUGAGAUUGAGUUUUGUGUAUAGGCAAGCAACUGGAUGCACCAGAUGCCAGAUCCAGGACUUGCAUGGCCACUAGGGCAUGCCAGGAGAUAUAUAGUGUGUACAUCCAUAUAUAUAUUUUUUUUCCAUUUGGAUGCUGUAUGCUUCCUCUGUUGAAAAAAUGUACAACUUUCAGUUAAACUUGAUUGAGUGGCAUACAAAGUCUUACACUGAUGUUUGUGUGCUUCAAAAAAAAAAAAUGUACCAUUU